AUGGCCGCCGCCGAGGGCUUCCCCAGCCGGGUCACCGAGCCCCGCGCGCAUGCGCCACGACCCCGGCCGCCGCCGCCACCUCCUCCUCCUCCUCCUCUGCCUCACGUCUUCGCCCUCUUUUCUCUAUGUAGGCUUAAUAGUCCCUACAAGGUAAGUUGGGAAAUGAGAACACCCUCCCGCUGGGAACUGUUGGAGGAGUGCGCCUGCGCGGGCUGGGGGGCGGGGGGCGGGCGCGUGAGCGGGAUGCUUACUAAGCUUGCCAGUCGCGUGCAGCUCAGCAGGUAGGUGAGCGCAGGAGCGCAGCAGCCCGGGCUGGUGUCCUGCAGCCACUUACGGUAGCUGAGAACUCGGCGGGACUUACUGUCAGAGUACGUCCCCCAUGAGCUUCUGCAUAGACAUGGGUAGUGCUGUGAAUUGUUCAGGAGGGGCGAAGGGAAUGGUCUCUAGAGUGGCGCGAGGCAGAUUUCUGAGCACCACUACAGAAAUCCGAAUACCUGCUGGCAUAGUAUUAGUCCAAAAAUCCACAGUGGCAGUAAUUGUAUAGUCAUUUAAACUUUUAUCAUUUGUUUUACUUUGGUGGUUACAUGGUGGUGGUUGUAACCCAAGGGGGUUUCUUUAUAAACAAAAAUACUCUACAUUUAUUCUUAUAAACAAGUAUACUGUUCAUUUAUUUUGUUUGUGUUGGCUUUAAGUACGUUUGGAAGUGGUUUGGAAAUAUUGUAUCCAAAAAGCUGUGCCUUGUAACUUGGCUUUGUGUAUCAGCCCAUUAAAACCAAAAUAGUCACAAGCGUUGUAAUGUUGUUGACAUCAUCGCACUAUGAUUGAGAUUCCUGAGUUGGACUAGAUGACCCUUGGGAUCCCUUCCAUUUCUACAAUUCUAUGGUUCUAUGAUUCUAUGAAAUAAAUAUCAUUCAUGAUCUAUACUCUGUAUAUUUGUUUCUGCACUAAGUGCCAAUUUUCAUGUUCAUCCAGGAUAUGCUACACAAAUGAAAACCACAAUGGCAAGCUUAAUGUUAGGAUUAAAUUAUGCUUAACACAAGGAGAACAAAGUCCCAUAGAGCCCACUGCCCCGUUUCCACCAGUAGCCAGCCCAGAUGCUUCUGGGAAGUCCUGAAAACGUAUGGUACAUCAAAAGCAAACACAAGGACCUGUACUUCUACUGUAAACACUUCUAGAAUAUUAUUUAAAACAUUAUAAUCAAGGAUGGGGAAUAAGUGGCCCUUCAGAUGUUACCGGACUCCAACUCUGCCCACUAGUAUGUUCAGUGGUCAGAGGUAAUGGGUAUUGUAGUUCAGCAACAUCUGGAGGUCCUCAGAUUCCUCCUCCUCUUAUAUUUUCUGAAAAUAUAGUAAUGAGUUCUGCAUCCUGGAGAAAAGUUGCCCCAAGUAGCUAAAUACAAGGAAGGUCCAUAGUUGUAUACCUUUAGAGGUAUAAAGACUUGAAGAUUUUGUGUAGCUGUCAAUGUUAAAAGCCGUUUGAUGUUUAAUCCCCUUUUGAAGCCAUCUUCACAUCCUGUGGCAGUGAAUUCCAUAACUUAAUUAUGUGUUGCUGUACACUUCUUUUCUUUCUCACCUCUGUCUGCUUACUUCCUCUUUUGUCAUCCCUGCAAGAGCCAAGUUCUGCUUCCACACCUACACAUGCUUCUUGAUGGACCUCUUGCAAUGUUAAACUCAGCACACUGGAAGAACCAGUUUGUGAUACUGCCUUCCUGCAACAAUGGCAAUGCCUCAUUAGCCUUUGGCACAUUAUUGCAAUUAUUAAGAAACAGUAAAUUGGUCUGAGGAUGACAGACAAUUUUCAGAUUGUAAGCAACCGCCUUUUCAUAGACAUGAAACUUUGCAUGUAACGCCGACAAAUGGCUUUUCUGUCUUUGCUGUUUAAUUAGAAAUUAAGUGUGGCCAAUGUUAUUCAAUGUAAGUCCUAUUGUGGGGCUUUUUCCAAGGAUAAAUGUGCAUAUAAUUGCAUGUAGCCUUGCAGCGCAACCCUGUGCAUGUUCAGUCAGAGUUCCCACUGAGUUCAAUGGGGGCUUAUUGUCAGGCAAGUGUGCAUAAUACAGCAUAAAUAGCAAUAGCACUCCAGGCAGUUGGACUGUCUCAGACUGCAAUCCUGUACGUGCUUACCUGAUAGUAAGUCCCAUUGAACUCAAUGGAACAUAACACUUCUAAGUAGACCUGUAUGGAUUACACUCUUAAGGUAUGAAACACAACAGUAAGAUCUAAGACAGUAAUACUGAAAGUGGGCUGUUGAGUACCCUCAUGUCAGUUGCAGUACUUUCCAAAACUUCUGACAGAAACAUUCAUCUUUAGCGGGUUUCAGUGGAAGUGUUGUAUAUUUGAGAUAUGGACUACUUGUCUGCAUAGUCUACAGCACUUGUUCUCAAACAACCCCUGUUAAAGUUCAUAACCUAUUGUACAAUUUUGCUUCUGUCGAAAUUCUCACAAGUGGCCGAUUGGCACAGCCUUCCUGCUGUUAAUUACAAUAUGUAUCCUACAUAAGGAAUGCUAUGAUAAAGGCAGAAUAAUAUCUACUUUUAUUUAUGAAAAUUCUAACGUUAGCAUGCUGCUUCCGCAGUGUGUGUUCUAAAGUCACGGAAACACAAAACCACGGAGUUUUUUUAUGUUCUACUAUCUCCUCACAACUCUCAUGACUGAUUGAUGUAAAGGCAGUUUCGUAGCUGCUGAGCCAGCGUCUGGCUUAAUACUGUAUGUUUAUAGGGGAGAGCGUUCCGAAGCAGCCACUACCUACGGCCAUGUGACCAGGAGGGGGCGCCCUCCCUGCCUGAGUUCUCUCCUUCCGGAUCAGUUAAGAAGCCCCGCCCCUAGCGCUGUUUGAUUGGCGUGUUCGCACUGUUGCUCAGGGAACCUGCGUGGAGGAGGAGGAAGCAAAACAACAUGGCGGCGCCCUUGCAGGUUGCGCGGAGGUUUUUGCGGUUAUCUGGUAACCCGAUCCGAGGUGAGUCACCGGGGCCCCAGUGGACCUCCCUCUCUUUUCCUAACCUGGGCAGGACAGAGGAAUGCGCUAUUUCCCCACCUGCCCUUCCUCAAUACCACCCUCGUUGAACGACCGUGGGAGCGCUUCAUCCGAGUCUCCUACGUGUAACCUUCAGGGUCUGCUGGUUUUUCCUGCCCCAUCUGUUUCCCACUCUCCGUUCUUUGCUGUGAGUUUGGAUGGGCUGGGCCUUUCGUGCCCAAACUGCUAGUGGCGCCCCAUAGCAGCGGGCUAGAGCAUCGCCUUGCAGCAUCGGCGAUAUCGCUGUGCGGGAAGGAGAAGGGUUGCUGUGGAUGAGCUGAAUGGACAUCAGUUACCCUUUUCCUUCCGUAAACUUUCACACCCUGCCCAAUUUUCAGUUUCUUACAAGUUCCUUGUAAGAAGCUUGUACAGUAUGUUAUUUCUUUAGUAGCUGGUUCAAUGCACGCGUUGUUUCAUUUUACUCUUUUCUUUUUUUCCCGACUCCCGAGAGUCUCCUUCGAAGAGUAGGACUGAGAAAGAUGUAUGCCAGAGAUCCUAGAGCAGUGGUUCCCAACCUUUUUUUUUUUUUUUGCCAUGCCCCAUCUAAGCAUCUCUAAAAUCCUGAUUUCCCCUCCCCCAUAUAAUUCUUAUUCAACAAGUGAACUCCUAUUCACGUGGAGGAAGCCUAAAAGGCCAUUAACUGUUUAUAACUCAUUCUCGAAUUGCCCCCCCCAAAAAAUCAAAUUGCCUCCCUGUGGGGCAUGUGCCCCACGUUGGGAACCACGGCCCAAGAGAGUCGGCAUAGGGCAAAAUGGGUAGAAGGUAGAUUGGGAUCUACUGGUAGAUGUCUGGGUGACCUGCAGUAUUUGACAAGGCUUUCUACCUGUCAACUGUCUUAAAAAUAGUAAUAGCAAAACACUUUUUGCAUCUAAACUAGACUGCUAAAAUCAAGGUGGCUAACCAGGAGCAGAAUUCUGUGUGAAAGGGCUCUUAGCUCAGUUUAGUCUCUUACUGAAAACAAAUUCCUAACCUCGGAAUGUGCUCAAGUGGCACCCUUUUGUAACUCUAUAGAUACAUCAUUUGUUUCUGGCUGUAUUUGGUAUGUAUUUGGGUUCCAGUAAACAAAGAAAGUGUAUCUGACCUGUCUGAAAUCUGCUGAUCCUUGAAGUAACUAAUGAUACAGCAGUAGCAGAGGCUGUUGGGAGUGUAGUCCAAAACAGCUGGAGAGCACCAGGUUGGAGAAGGCUGGGCUAGAUGGUCUGAUGCUAAAAAGCAGUUCUUGUGUGUUGUAUUUGCAUGUGCCAAUUUUUUGUAUCAAAAUGAACUCAGUUCUUUACCUCUCCUCUCUGAUAAUUAGACAGCCAUUUAAAAAUACAAUAAACUAUCUUAGUCACAUCUUCCCUGCACCUGCUCCCAAGUACCAUGGACUGUUUUUACUCUCAUCUUCCCUAAUCCUCUCUAUGGGUGUUUCUUCUUCCUUGCAAUGUUUACUUUUCCUCUAGAUUAUGAUUUGUGUGGAGAUAAGAAGUGACUGGAACAAAGCAUGUAUUGGUGCUUUGUCUAUAAAAGAACCUAAAGCUUAGAAAAAAAUCUUUUCAGGGUUUGGGUGAAUUAAGUGGGAACAAAGUAGCAUAAUACUGAAACUGUCAGAAUAGCAGUAGAUUGUUUUUGAAAACAUAGCCUAGAUUAGAACAAAAAAUAAUUUUUGCAAGCAAGCCAUAACGAAGGAGUCAAAAAGAACAGUGACUUGUUCUAUAUUGACUGAAGCAGAGACAUUAGGGAACAACAAGAGUUGUCUCCUGAAAUACUGAAUAUUAAAAUAUCAGCGCUUAAUACUGUCUCUUUCGUUGCCCUGAUAUUGCUAAAAGAACUCUUUCCUAUUAUCUCUUCCAUCCCCAUUAGACAAAAUCCAUUCUAAAAACCCUGUUAUGUAUUCUUUCCUUUAACACAAAAUGUUACCACAUUGCUGUGCAAUUCUUUACAAAUAUUAAUUCAUACAGUAACUGCUAUGUCAAUUCAUCAUACGGAAUAAACAUUUCCAAUUUGUACAGUUUCUGCCACUGUUCUUAUAAGUCAAGGUGAUCAGUGACUGACUGAAGAAUUAUUCCAACAGAAUGCAGUGAAACCCCUUUUCAUAAGUAAACUGCUCGCUCUCUCCUCUAAAAUUUUGUCUCAGAACUAACAUGUUUCUAAACUCCUUUAUUUCAGAACCAUCUCGUUCUGCAUUCAGGGCACAGCCUGAUGAUAUAA